AUGGCUCAUCAUGUAAACAUUGGCAGGUAACAGUGGUUUGGAAGUCAGUCAAUGAGGGGUAGGAAGAUGAUUUGGGAUUAAGUGUGUGUGUGUGUGUGUGUGUGUGUGAACACUGUUUUCUGUCUCCCUCUUGUACUCCUGUGUGUAUCUGUCUGUAACAGUAAUCCAGUAAUACAUCUGUAAUACACUGCUCCCUCUCUCCCCUGCGGCAGGUCCAUGGGAGGUGAACACAAAACAGCCGGCGACCACUGUGAGCACUGUGCUCCCCUCUACAACGACCAGCCUUGGCAAGCUGCCAACGGCAUCAUAGGAGCACCGCAUGAAUGCAAGAGUGAGUCUUACAGGGCCAGGAAGGUCAAUAGGCAAAACAACGUACAUUACAUAAUAUACACAGCUACAGACAGAUGUCUUCACUAGUAGUUGUAUGAUUCAAUAGGUACAGGAAAUCUCAUUUUUGUUAUUCAGGAUGCCAUUGCUCUCAAGGUGAUCUGUCUUUUAUAGAAACAUUCUCAUCAUGAUAAUUUUGUACCCUUUUCAAAAUUACAUCGAUGCAAAUAUGAGUGAAACCUACUAUCUGUACCUUUGAGAAAACAGAUGCACCUGAAACAUUGGAUUAGAACGCUGUCAAACAUCUUGUUAUUUUUCUUGUGCGGAUCAACAUAUUUUCAUGUCGAUCAUUGUCGCAGUGUGAAUAAGGUCUAUGGGAAAAGAGAAAUAUAUUUACUCUUUAUUUUUAGAGUUUAAGUGUACCGGCCAUGCAGACAGCUGUCACUUUGACCGGGGUGUGUGGCUGGCAUCAGGAUGCCGUGGUGGGGGUGUGUGUGACUCCUGCCGCCACAAUACAGAGGGCAGACACUGCCAGAGCUGUACGAGAGGGUUCUACAGGCACCUCAACAGACCCAGCUCUGCCCCCGACUCCUGCACACGUAAGAGAACAUACUUCUGCCUGCCUCUCUCGGUCCCUGUUAUAUCUGCUUUGUUACUAUGUUGUUACCCCAGCUCUGCCCCGUCUCCUGCACAUGUAAGAGAACACACUUAUCCCUCUGUCUGUCCUUGUUAUGAUUUGUUAUUUGUUUUUUAACCCGAACCCUCAGCCUCUGACUCCUGCACAAGUAAGAGAGAAAUUGAAUGAUUUGUACCUGUUAUCUGAAUGAUUUGUUACAAUGUUAUUACUCUGGCCUGACAUGGGUUGCCAUGGGCAACUAUCUCCAUGUUGAUGAUGGUGUCCAUUGUGAUGGUAUCCACAUUUCCCUCCCUCUUAUGUCUGAAUUGUCGUUACUAUGUUGUUACUAUUGCCUGGUAUGGGUUGCCAUGGUCUACAUAACAGCAGUGAUUGUCAAUCAUGGUCUUGAGUAGUUUAUUUUGUGUGUAAGUUCAUUUCUUUCUCCAGCUCAGCAAUGAAACACCUGAUUUAGCUCAUCAAGGUGUUAAAUGUCAGUUGAUCAGUUGAAUCAGGUGUGAUCAGGCACUAAGCCGUAACAAAAACAUUCGGUAGUGGAAGGUUAGUUAUGCCCACUGUCAGCUCUGACAUUAUGUUCAGACAUAUAGGACCUUUUCGAACCACUUCGAUCGCAAUGCCAACUACGGUAUUGCCAACUUAAACAAUACUGAUUCCUUUAGUCCUUUUCAGUAGAAGAUCAACAAUGUCUUUGGGGAAUCUGACAGUAAUUGCAAACAAUGGAGGAAUCUCCCCUGCUCCAUGCGAGGCACAUUUUUCCCAUUCCUGUCCCUUUUCCCCAGGCAUGCCUGCUCGCUGCAGCUGCUUAAAGAACAAAAAAACUGUUUUGGGGAACAAACUGGGUUUGAGAGAAAGGGAAAACACACACAUGCACACGCAGGCACAUACACACACACAGGCAUGCACAUACGUACACAGACACGGACACGGACACACACACUAAAAGCCGGUCAUUCACGAGGGGAGUCCAUCAACCAGUGAAAAUGACAGUGUGAAGGGAGAAAGAUUUACUGUUUGUUUUUACAGUAAUGUGUGUGGAGUGUGUAUGUGGAGUAUCCUCAGGGUUAAAUGCAUACUCCCGCCCAUCUUGUCCUGUUGCCGUGCUGCUUAUGGAAGCCUGAUUUCUAGUGUAUCGGGAAUGUACAGUAUGUUUGUGUGGGUGUGUUUGUUUGUGUCUGCUUCUGUUUUGCCUGGGACGUAUGGUUUGGAAUGGACUUAGCGCGUAUUUUCAGAAUAAGUCAACAAACAUAUUCUGAAAGGGAAACGAUAAAGAAAUUGGAUAAAAUGCUAGUAAUGUGCUAAUACUACCUCCCUGUUCUGUUCUGUUUGUCCCUCCUCUCACCUUGUACCUACAGCGUUGCGACUGCCACCCUGUAGGUUCAGUGCCCUCGCUUUCAGGUUGCGAUGAUGCCUUCUGUAACCGUAGCAACGGGGCGUGCACCUGCAGACCGUGGGUGGGCGGUCCUAUUUGUGACAAAUGCAUUGUGGGAUUCUGGGGGUUCCAUGGUUACGGGUGCAGGCUGUGUGACAUGGACAUCUAAUGUGUAUGUGUAAUGUACAUUCUCUCUUUCUUUCCAGAAAAAUGUGAGUGUAAGGAGAUGACUAUUGGCAACCCCAAACUCUUCUGUGCCAAGGAGUAUGAGUAUGCUAGGUGGGAAUAAGAAAGAUACGUGUGGGAAAAGUGGGAAAAGUUCAUGGGAAAAGCCUUCACAACUACAUAAUCUUAGCAUUAGCCAUGAAUGCUAAUGUCAUAAAUUGUCUCCUGUGGCUCCACCUGUCAUUGUACUCCUCUUUCUCAGAGAAUUUACUGUAAAAAGAGAUGAUAAUAAUCUCAGACAUAUGUAAAGAUAACCCUGCAGACUAAAAUUGAAAUCUAAUACAUUGCACGUUUGAGGUUAGCCCACUACUAUUUUAGCCAACUCCAAUGGCUGUUGGUAUGCAUAACAACAACCAUAGGAGUUGGCUAUAGAGUACAAACAGAUCUGGGACCAGGCUGUAGUGAAUGAUGCCAACUGAAUUGAAAAGGAAAUGCUAAUACACUGCAUGUUUGAGGCAGUAGUAGAUGGUGCCAGCAGAAUUUAAUAGGGAUUAUGCCAACAGUACUGAACAGAGAUUGAUUUAUCUCUUCUCUAUAGUGCUGAUGCUGAGGAUUGUGGCGGCCCAUGAUCAGGGCUCCCAUGCUGAGGUGGAGGUCAAGGUAAAGAAGGUCCUAUACCACAGCAGCCAGGUGAGGAUCCAGAGAGGUCACAUCACCCUCUUCCCAGAGUCCUGGACCACCCGGGGGUGCACCUGCCGCUUACAUUUUGCACAGGCAGCUGGUCAGGCAACUGGAUUUUGACUACUUCCAGCCCAAUCAUUCUUUUUCUCUGGCAUCUCUGGAUGCAUGCCUGCCUUGUUUGGCCCUCACACACUAGACUUAUUUACAUUAGAUGACUCACGGCAACCUUAAUCUGGUUCACCAGAGCAUUCUAUAUUCUAUAUAUAUAGAGUGGGGAGAACAAGUAUUUGAUACACUGCCGAUUUUGCAGGUUUUCCUACUUACAAAGCAUGUAGAGGUCUGUAAUUUCUAUCAUAGGUACACUUCGACUGUGAGAGACGGAAUCUAAAACAAAAAUCCAGAAAGUCACAUUUUAUGAUUUUUAAGUAAUGAAUUUGCAUUUCAUUGCAUGACAUAAGUAUUUGAUCACCUACCAACCAGUAAGAAUUCCGGCUCUCACAGACCUGUUAGUUUUUCUUUAAGAAGCCCUCCUGUUCUCCACUCAUUACCUGUAUUAACUGCACCUGUUUGAACUCGUUACCUGUAUAAAAGACACCUGUCCACACUCAAUCAAACAGACUCCAACCUCUCCACAAUGGCCAAGACCAGAGAGCUGUGUAAGGACAUCAGGGAUACAAUUGUAGACCUGCACAAGGCUGGGAUGGGCUACAGGACAAUAGGCAAGCAGCUUGGUGAGAAGGCAACAACUGUUGGCGCAAUUUUUAGAAAAUAAGUUCAAGAUGACGGUCAAUCACCCUCGGUCUGGGGCUCCAUGCAAGAUCUCACCUCGUGGGGCAUCAAUGAUCAUGAGGAAGGUGAGGGAUCAGCCCAGAACUACACGACAGGACCUGGUCAAUGACCUGAAGAGAGCUGGGACCACAGUCUCAAAGAAAACCAUUAGUAACACACUACGCCGUCAUGGAUUAAAAUCCUGCAGCGCACGCAAGGUCUCCCUGCUCAAGCCAGCGCAUGUCCAGGCCCGUAUGAAGUUUGCCAAUGACCAUCUGGAUGAUCCAGAGGAGGAAUGGGAGAAGGUCAUGUGGUCUGAUGAGACAAAAAUAGAGCUUUUUGGUCUAAACUCCACUCACCGUAUUUGGAGGAAGAAGAAGGAUGAGUACAACCCCAAGAACACCAUCCCAACCGUGAAGCAUGGAGGUGGAAACAUCAUUCUUUGGGGAUGCUUUUCUGCAAAGGGGACAGGACGACUGCACCGUAUUGAGGGGAGGAUGGAUGGGGCCAUGUAUUGCGAGAUCUUGGCCAACAACCUCCUUCCCUCAGCAAGAGCAUUGAAGAUGGGUCGUGACUGGGUCUUCCAGCAUGACAACGACCCGAAACACACAGCCAGGGCAACUAAGGAGUGGCUCCGUAAGAAGCAUCUCAAGGUCCUGGAGUGGCCUAGCCAGUCUCCAGACCUGAACCCAAUAGAAAAUCUUUGGAGGGAGCUGAAAGUCCGUAUUGCCCAGCGACAGCCCCAAAACCUGAAGGAUCUGGAGGUCUGUAUGGAGGAGUGGGCCAAAAUCCCUGCUGCAGUGUGUGCAAACCUGGUCAAGACCUACAGGAAACGUAUGAUCUCUGUAAUUGCAAACAAAGGUUUCUGUACCAAAUAUUAAGUUCUGCUUUUCUGAUGUAUCAAAUACUUAUGUCAUGCAAUAAAAUGCAAAUUCAUUAUUUCAAAAUCAUAAAAUGUGAUUUUCUGGAUUUUUGUUUUAGAUUCCGUCUCUCACAGUUGAAGUGUACCUAUGAUAAAAAUUACAGACCUCUACAUGCUUUGUAAGUAGGAAAACCUGAAAAAUUGGCAGUGUAUCAAAUACUUGUUCUCCCCACUGUAUAUAUACAGUACCAGUCAAAAGAUUGGACACACCUACUCAUUCCAGGGUUUUUCUUUAUUUUUACUAUUUUCUACAUUGUAGAAUAGUAGUGAAGACAUCAAAACUAUGAAAUAACACAUGGAAUCAUGUAGUAACCAAAAAAGUGUUAAACAAAUCAAAAUAUAUUUUUUAUUUGAGAUUCUUCAAAUAGCCACCCUUUGCCUUGAUGACAACUUUGCACACUCUUGGCAUUCUCAUAACCAGCUUAACCUGGAAUGUUUUUCCAACAGUCUUGAAGGAGUUCCCACAUAUGCUGAGCACUUGUUGGCUGCUUUUCCUUCACCAUCUCAAUUGGGUUGAGGUCGGUGGAUAUUUUACCUUCUUGGUAAAAUAGCCCUUACAGGCGGUGUGGAGGUGUGUUGGGUCAUUGUCCUGUUGAAAAACAAAUGAUAGUCCCACUAAGCCCAAACCAGAUGGGAUGGCGUAUUGCUGCAGAAUGCUGUGGUAUCCAUGCUGGUUAAGUGUGCCUUGAAUUCUAAGUAAAUCACAGGCAGUGUCACCAGCAAAGCACCCCACACCAUAACACCUCCUCCUCCAUGCUUUACGGUGGGAAAUACACAUGCGGAGAUCAUCUCACAAAGACACGACGGUUGGAACCAAAAAUCUCAAAUUUGGACUCCAGACCAAAGGGCAAAUUUCCACCGGUCUAAUGUCCAUUGCUCGUGUUUCUUGGCCCAAGCAAGUCUCUUUUUCUUAUUGGUGUCCUUUAGUAGUGGUUUCUUUGCAGCAAUUCGACCAUAGAGGCCUGAUUCACACAGUCUCCUCUCACCAGUUGAUGUUGAGAUGUGUCUGUUACUUGAACUCUGUGAAGCAUUUAUUUAGGCUGCAAGUUCUGAGGCUGGUAACUAUAAUGAACUUAUCCUCUGCAGCAGAGGUAACUCUGGGUCUUCCUUUCCUGUGGCGGUCCUCAUGAGAGCCAGUUUCAUAAUAGUGCUUGAUGGUUUUUGCGACUGCACUUGAAGAAACUUUCAAAGUUCUUGAAAUGUUCUGUAUUGACUGACCGUAUGGACUGUUGUUUCUCUUUGCUUUUUUGAGCUGUUCUUACCAUAAUAUGGACUUGGUCUUUUACCAAAUCCUUUAUACCCCCCCCCCACCUUGUCACAACACAAUUGAUUUGCUCAAACGCAUUAAGAAGGAAAGAAAUUCCACGAAUUAACUUUUAAGAAGGCACACCUGUUAAUUUAAAUGCAUUCCAGGUGACUACCUCAUGAAGCUGGUUGAGAGAAUGCCAAGAGUGUGCAAAUCUGUCAUCAAGGCAAAGGGUGGCUGUUUGAAGAAUCUCAAAUAUAAAAUAUAUUUUGAUUUGUUUAACACUUGUUUGGUUACUACAUGAUUCCAUAUGUGUUUUUUUCAUAGUUUUGAUGUGUUCACUAUUAUUCUACAAUGUUAAAAACAGCAAAAAUAAAGAAAAACCCUUGAAUGAGUAGGUGUGUCCAAACUUUUGACUGGUAAUAUAUACAGUGAGGGAAAAAAGUAUUUGAUCCCCUGCUGAUUUUGUACGUUUGCCCACAGAUAAAGACAUGAUCAGUCUAUAAUUUUAAUGGUAAGUUUAUUUGAACAGUAAGAGACAGAAUAACAAACAAAAAAAUCCAGAAAAACGCAUGUCAAAAAUGUUAUAAAUUGAUUUGCAUUUUAAUGAGAGAAAUAAGUAUUUGACCCCUCUGCAAAACAUGACUUAGUAUUUGGUGGCAAAACCCUUGUUGGCAAUCACAGAGGUCAGACGUUUCUUGUAGUUGGCCACCAGGUUUGCACACAUCUCAGGAGGGAUUUUGUCUCACUCCUCUUUGCAGAUCUUCUCCAAGUCAUUAAGGUUUCGAGCCUGACGUUUGGCAACUCGAACCUUCAGCUCCCUCCACAGAUUUUCUAUGGGAUUAAGGUCUGGAGACUGGCUAGGCCACUCCAGGACCUUAAUGUGCUUCUUCUUGAGCCAAUCCUUUGUUGCCUUGGCCGUGUGUUUUGGGUCAUUGUCAUGCUGGAAUACCCAUCCACGACCCAUUUUCAAUGCCCUGGCUGAGGGAAGGAGGUUCUCACCCAAGAUUUGACGGUACAUGGCCCCGUCCAUCUUCCCUUUGAUGUGGUGAAGUUGUCCUGUCCCCUUAGCAGAAAAACACCUGCAAAGCAUAAUGUUUCCACCUCCAUGUUUGAUGGUGGGGAUGGUGUUCAUGGGGUCAUAGGCAGCAUUCCUCCUCCUCCAAACACGGCGAAUUGAGUUGAUGCCAAAGAGCUCCAUUUUGGUCUCAUCUGACCACAACACUUUCACCCAGUUCUCCUCUGAAUCAUUCAGAUGUUCAUUGGCAAACUUCAGACGGGCCUGUAUAUGUGCUUUCUUGAGCAGGGGGACCUUGCGGGCGCUGCAGUCCUUCACGGCGUAGUGUGUUACCAAUUGUUUUCUUGGUGACUAUGGUCCCAGCUGCCUUGAGAUCAUUGACAAGAUCCUCCCGUGUAGUUCCGGACUCAUUCCUCACCAUUCUCAUGAUCAUUGCAACUCCACAAGGUGAGAUCUUGCAUGGAGCCCCAGGCCGAGGGAGAUUGACAGAUAUUUUGUGUUUCUUCCAUUUGCGAAUAAUCACACCAACUGUUGUCACCUUCUCACCAAGCUGCUAGCGAUGGUCUUGUAGCCCAUUCCAGCCUUGUGUAGGUCUACAAUCUUGUCCCUGACAUCCUUGGAGUGCUCUUUGGUCUUGGCCAUGGUGGAGAGUUUGGAAUCUGAUUGAUUGAUUGCUUCUGUGGACAGGUGUCUUUUAUACAGGUAACAAACUGAGAUUAGGAGCACUCCCUUUAAGAGUGUGAUCCUAAUCUCAGCUCGUUACCUGUAUAAAAGACACCUGGGAGCCAGAAAUCUUUCUGAUUGAGAGGAGGUCAAAUACUUAUUUCCCUCAUUAAAAUGCAAACGAAUUUUAAACAUUUUUGAAAUGCUUUUUUCUGGAUUUUUUUGUUGUUAUUCUGUCUCUCACUGUUCAAAUAAACCUACCAUUAAAAUUAUAGACUGAUCAUUUCUUUGUCAGUGGGAAAACGUACAAAAUCAGCAGGGGAUCAAAUACUUUUUUCCCUCACUGUAUAUAUAUAUAUAUAUAUAUAUAUAUAUAAUAUAUAUAUAUAUAUGUAUAUAUAUAAUAAUAUAUAUAUAUUUUUUUACAUUAUGCCGAUUUUAAGCCUGGCUAAUGAUCGUCUCUAUCAGGAUCCAUUAUCAGUCAAUAGAUUAAUUAAUCAUAAUUAGAAUUAAUUAAUUAGAAUAAAUUGACCCUGCCCCCUCUAUUCUCCUCCCCCAGGAUCAGAGUACCUGGUGGGGGGUCACGAGGACUGGAGGAUGGGUCAUCUGCUGGUUAACACCAAGAGCCUGGUCAAACCCUGGAGACCCAGUCUGGGACUUAAGCUCCUGCACCUCCUCAACAAACACUGCAGCACCUCCUCCUCAAGGAAGACUGCUGUGGAUAGACUGCUGAACAUGCACAUCUCCAGCUCGUAG